AGUUAAGAUUUCUUAAUGAUAUCAUUUGGUGUAUUGCCUGAUUUUGCACUUUCCAUCUUCAACUGUUUAUAUAUUUGUUUUUGGUCCUGCAGUACGUGGAACUGGAAGGGCUAUUCCAUCCGAUACCAGUAUUGUGGCAACAGUGGCCCUGCGCUCGUUUUAGUCCAUGGUUUUGGAGCAAACAGUGAUCACUGGAGAAAAAAUAUACCUGUACUUGCACAGUCACAUCGGGUGUUCUCUAUCGACCUUAUUGGUUAUGGCUAUUCAGACAAACCAAAUCCUCGUGAGCUUGGUGUAGAGAACUUUUAUUCAUUUGAAACAUGGGGCAGCCAACUAAACGAUUUUUGUAAGGAUGUUAUCGGAGAUAAAGCCUUCUUCAUUUGUAAUUCCAUUGGAGGGCUUGUUGGUCUUCAGGCUGCCAUUUUGGAACCACAACUCUGUAGAGGCAUUCUUCUUUUAAAUAUAUCUCUCCGAAUGCUGCAUAUAACGAAACAGCCUUGGUUUGGUAGACCGCUGAUUAAAGCAUUUCAGAAUUUAUUGAGAAAUACUGAACUCGGGAAAUUCUUUUUCAAAAGUGUUGCUACUCCUAAAGCAGUGAAAAACAUUCUGUGUCAGUGCUACUACGACACAUCCCAGGUGACGGAUGAGUUAGUACAGGCAAUCCUUCUUCCAGGGCUUGAACCUGGUGCUGUCGAUGUGUUUCUCGAGUUCAUUUGCUAUUCAGCGGGGCCUCUACCCGAAGAACUACUACCUCAAGUGAAGUGUCCUGUUCUGGUGGCAUGGGGUGACAAGGAUCCUUGGGAGCCAAUCGAACUUGGUAAAGCCUAUGGCAACUUUGAUACAGUCGAAGAUUUUGUCGUUCUCCCUAAUGUUGGCCAUUGUCCUCAGGACGAGGCACCUCAUCUUGUGAACCCACUGGUGGAAUCAUUUGUUGCCCGGCAUGCCAACGUAUGAGAGCUGAGUCGCGGUGAGCGUGUAGUCUUAUUGUUUACAUCAGAAUACACGUAUGGUUUCGCGUCGCUAGUCGAAAAAGACAGAAGAAUGUACAUGGGAGAACAAGAAAGAAAGGAAAAAAAGUGAAACAGUUUACUCUAAUUCAUGUGAAGGGACAAUUCUUUAUACCACCCCUUCUUUGCAGUAUUUUAGCUACAUAGACGGAAGGGUGGUCAGUUUGAACAUGCGUCGUUGAAAAAUUAUUAAGUGUAUAUAUAGAAAAUAAUAUCAUUUCGUAUUAGUGAAUAUAAUUUGGUGAAGUCGGACAAA